GAAACAGGCAGUAGUCGAUGUUCGUAUGUCGACUUCUCGAUGUUUUCGUAUGCGUUGUGUUUAUAUACUUGUAGUUGGUAGUGAUUGUAGAAAAUAUCGUAAAUAAUAAUUGUUGAAUUUUUUAAAAAUUGAAACUCGUGACUUUAUUUAUUGUAAAGACUGGGAACUCUAGUGCAGAACUUAGUGAUCGUUGCAAAACCUUGUGACCUUAUGGUGAUUUUGUAUGGUGGUACUUUUUCGCGAAAUUCUGGUGAAGUGAUUUUGUUGAUGAAGGAACUGAGCUUUCGGUACUCUACGGGAGUUGGAGGACUGCUUCUUUUAUCCUGAAAAGCGUGUCCCUGAAGCGGUCAAAACGGAUUUCUUGGGGGUACAAGGGUCCCACCCAUGUCCGCCCAGUCACCAGCUCGUAAACGUGCCUCCGUUCGGCGGUGAGGGUAUCUUAACUGCCGCCCAAGGGGUGGCAGUUGUACCGCCGCCCACUUCCACCACGAACAUGAACCAACUGGGCACCGUUUAUGCGACGAAGAGACGGAGACGAAACGGAAAAAGUCUCAAACCCACACCAAAAGAUGGCGUCACGAAAAGUAACCCUAGCAAAAGGCAUCGAGAACGUCUCAAUGCUGAACUGGAUACUUUGGCAAGCUUGUUACCAUUUGAACAAAACAUCUUAUCGAAACUUGACAGGCUGUCCAUACUACGUCUUUCCGUUAGCUAUUUACGCACAAAAAGCUAUUUUCAAGUUGUUAUGCACAAAGAUAAGGACGAUGGAGGUGGAUUGCAUAGGCCACGUGAUCUCACUGCUUUUGAUCAUACACCAAUGGACGGUGAAAUGUUUUUGCAGGCACUUAAUGGCUUUCUUAUGAUCCUCACAUGCGAAGGAGAAGUAUUCUUUGCGACGCAUAGUAUAGAGGGUUAUUUGGGGUUUCAUCAGUCCGAUAUAGUCCACCAGUCGGUUUACGAGUUGGUCCAUUCCGAAGACAGAGAAGAACUACAGAGGCAACUAAUGUGGAACUCUUUUUUACCUCCCGAAUCAGCCAAUAUGGGCCUCCAAGAUGUCCUAAAUCCUGAAAACAGUCACCUUUUGGAAAGAAGUUUCACGGUGCGCUUCCGAUGUCUGUUAGACAAUACUUCCGGAUUUUUGAGGUUGGAUAUACGAGGGCGGGUAAAAGUACUCCACGGUCAAAACCGUAAAUCAGAAGAGCCUCCAUUAGCACUCUUUGCGAUAUGUACACCAUUCGGACCACCCUCGUUACUGGAAAUACCUCAGAAAGAAGUAAUGUUUAAAAGCAAACACAAAUUGGACUUAGCUUUAGUGUCGAUGGAUCAAAGAGGCAAAUUACUAUUAGGAUAUUCAGAUUCGGAAUUAGCCAAUAUGGGUGGAUACGAUUUGGUGCAUUAUGAUGAUCUGGCCUAUGUUGCUAGUGCACAUCAAGAAUUGUUGAAAACUGGUGCCUCAGGUAUGAUAGCUUACCGAUUCCAAACCAAAGAUGGCCAAUGGCAAUGGCUACAAACUAGUUCUAGAUUAGUGUAUAAAAAUUCGAAACCCGAUUUUGUGAUAAGUACGCACAGACCUUUAAUGGAAGAAGAAGGAAGAGAUCUUCUUGGCAAACGCACUAUGGACUUCAAAGUCAGUUAUUUGGAUGCAGGUCUUCCCAAUACCUAUUUUACAGAAAACGAUCAACUUUUAACUUCCCCGACGCAUUCUUCUGUACCUUCAACGCCCACUAGAGUAAAUAGACGGUAUAAGACCCAAUUAAGGGACUUCCUUUCAACAUGUAGAACGAAACGUAAAUUAUCGCAUAGCUCUAGUGGAGGACAAAUAACGCCACCUAGUAAUGCCGCUGUAACUACGUCUGUAGUACCUUCAAUGCCAACAACUGUGGAAUACAUAGCUGAAGGAUGUACAGCAACAUACAACAUGUAUCCAGCACCAUACGCUACUGCCACUACAGACCAUAGCCUAAGCUACAUGACCCAUUCAGCUUCAAAUUUCAACCAUACCCUGUAUCCUACUGCGACCGCGCUGGAUAAUCGAUAUCUUACAACAACAGAAAAUAUAUUUCAUCAAUAUAGACCUCUCGGUACAUAUUAUCCAGAAUACCAUCACGCAACCCCUUCAACUCCUUACAACGGAUUUCUGGAUAUGACUCCAAGGGCUUAUGAUCCAGCUGGUGGUACUCCAACCCAUCACGCCACCUAUCGGACGGCUGUAGUAGACGAUAAGCUGUACCCGUGCCAUCAGCAGGUCGUCGAAACACCCUCGGUUAAGUACCCGGCCUACGAUGGUACGCGAAGCUACGUAGUACCAAACAAUAAGUGCAUCGAUGUGACUGCUUGGCCUUACUCUGUCAGUCCGUCGUCUGGAAUAAUUCAGCCGGUUCAGGUUAUGAGCGCGCCUCAGAUUGAGCUAGCUGGUAGUCCACAUAAUAAGGAUGCCCUAAAAAAGCACUCUUCAUCUCCCCAACAAGCCCUUAUAACACCAAAGAUAGAAGAAAUCAAACAAGACACUCCAUUAAUGCAGCCGCAGGAUAGUCCUGGAAGUCACCCCAUUGGAACACCACAGCAUUUUUCUCCUAUACCUACCAAUAACCAGGGAGAUAAUAUGCCUAGUCGGCAAACUGUACUUAUGUGGGGGUCGCAUAAUUCAACACCAGUGAACAGUAGGAGCCCCACAAGUGAUGGUACUUCACAGGAUUAUCAGCAUCACCAAAUGAAUACGGUCCCAGUUACUAUGCACCAUCAAGUCACCACUGUGCCAGUUACCAGUGAACACUGUGAAUCGCUCAAAGGUAUGGCUGAAAUAAGUAACCAUCAUCAAUGGAACGGUACUGAAGAUGGUCACACAAAAGUUGAAACGGUGCCACAAAACCCGGACAGUCCGCAGCACCACGUCAGCCAUCACAAUCAUCACAAUUCCAGGGUGGUGAUGGUUUUGUGAUGAAUUUGGUGCGUCUUCCUUUAAUUUAUUGUACAUAGCCGAAUUUAUUUAUUGAUAUGGUAAAAUGUUUGUUUCGUAAAUAAUUAAUAAUUAUAAAUAAAUCUAUUGUUCAAAUAUGUAUAUGAAAGUAGGAACUAUUUUUUGAGAAAAGGCAAAUUUUUUGAGUGUGACUCGAAUGUUUGCUUUUGCAAAUUGCACAUAAAAUACUCCAUGCAUAAGAAGUAAACAUAUCUUCCGCAGUUUUUUUGCGCUAAAUUUACAAAAUUAGUCUUCGUGCAAAGUUAGAAUAAAGAAUGAAUGUAUGUAUAACAAAUAAUGCUUUGUGGGCAACAGAUAAAAAAAUAUAUAUUAUAAAUUUAAUAAAGCUUUUCAUUUUAUAUAUUAUAUGUUAGUAUAUAUUGUAUUAUAGUGUUUGUCAGGUUUAUGUAAUAUUUUUAUGUUUCCUUUCUAAAAACGUCAUAAAUCAAGGCACUCACUAGGGAACAUUGUCAUGUGGCUCAACAUAUUUGCUAUUGAAUCACAUUUUUAAAUUGAAUAAAACAGUCUAUGCAUUUCUUACCAAGGAUCAUAUUCCCUAGUGAGUAGGCUGCUUAAGAUUAUUUGACUUUUUUUGUUGUUGUUUUUUAAUGUUUUUUUUUUUUUUUUUUAAUUCAAGGUGUUCGAUGUCACAUUUGUAUAAGAAUUUCUUUUUCUAGUCAUCUGGUCCCCAUUAGAAAGGUGUUCGCCAUUCACUAAAAUAUGCAUCCAGCUAUUAGAAUCCUAAAAAUUUAGAUGAAUUAAUAUUCAAUGUAUAUUUUAAAACCUUAUGAGGAAAAUUUACACAUGCUCAAUUUAUCUUUUAAAGACAUUGUUUAAAUUUAAAGAAUUAUUCUUUCGGGUUUUUGUUGAACACCUUGAAUCUCACCAAUGCUAGUCAAUCAAUGGUUACUUGUAUAUUUUUGUGUAUCAUAUUUUUAAUUUAUAUUUAAUCUAUAAAUGUGUAUUGAGUGUAAACAAACUAUCCCUAAAUAAAAUGUAGUGUCUAUCAAAUUUAAUUAUUUAUAAUUAUAUUUUGCAAAAGCAAUUAUAAAUAAUUAAUAAUUGACAGAUUAAAAUCAACAUACAUUCCAUUUGAGAAAGAAUCUCCAUAUUUCAGGUGAGCUUAGAUAUUUACUUUUGUAUUCGCUUUGUUCUUGUAAAAAAUAUUUUUGUAUAAAAUGCAUUUUUUUUUUAAUAAUCUUACCUCAAAAUUAUUGCAUCUAAAAACAUACAAAAAUAUUUAUUAAAGCUGCUUCAAGUUCAAGAGUGUGCAAUAAUUUGAGGACAUUAUGUUUAAGAUUAUUUUUUUGUUUAUUCAUAAAAUCAGGAGUGUACUUUUUUACUGUCUUCUAACCUUUGAAAAGCAGUAUAAGUAUUUGUUCAGAAUAAUAAAGAUAAAACUUAUCCAUUUAAUAUAGAGUUUCCACUGUGAACAAAAUUUAUAUAAAGCAAAUUCUAGCGGUGUAAGAAAAAUAAAUUAUACCUUGAAAU